UAGGUUACACAAUCGCAGUUACUGGAACAAUGACGUCGAUGUAUUCUGCAUUUUGUAUUUUCGGGAACUUUUUUUUAUCAAUUGUCCAUUAAAAAUGUUUGCCCGAAAUAAGUAAACUACCUUGACGACAUGCAUUUUGGUGUGUAUGUACAUACCAAAAUAUGUGUACGAGUACUUUAUUGAUAAUUUUCAAUUAUAUAUUAUAAAAUACAUUUAAAGCUUAACGUUUUAAAAAUGUACUUUAUUACACAGGGUGAUAUACCGAAAAUCAUGCCACCUCGUAUUCAAACAGUGCCGGUUUCUAGUGGUGGCAUUACAAGUGGUGAUUGGUCCAUUAGCAUUAUAGACCGCUUAAAGUAUGAACAACUGUUCGAGACAUUAAAACCUGUUAAUGGAAUGCUGGCUGGGAACAAGGUCAAAGGCGUACUCAUGGAUUCUAAACUGCCAAUGGACACGUUGGGAAAAAUCUGGGAUCUAGCCGAUCAGGAUAAAGAUGGCAACUUAGAUAAGCACGAAUUCAUCGUGGCCAUGCAUCUGGUCUAUCAGACAUUAGAGAAACGUACUGUACCAGAUGUGCUACCACCUGAGCUGCGCAAGGCAGGCGCUGGCGGAGGUCCGCCUCCAAAACCAGCUCCCCCGGCUGUUACAAGCAAUAAUGCUGCUAUGCCUCGCGCUCCCAGUGGCGAAGGAUUUGGCGAUGGUGGUUUUGUAGCAAACUUUCCUAAAGAUAUAGCGCCUCCACCAGCUAUACCACCGCUGCCUGCGAUACCAACAAUGACACGUGUUCCACCAGUCGGUGCUAGUGUUGUGCAAACACAACCACUUAUAUCCACAGAUCCGCUUAUACCUAUUGGCGCGCCCCCUUCAGUGACAGCAAGUGCUGAUUGGGUUGUUAGUCCAGCUGAGUUGAAUCGCUUUGAAAUAACAUUCCGGGAAUCAGAUCGAGACAAAGAUGGGCUUGUUUCGGGACUCGAGGUGAAGAAUGUGUUCUUACAAUCGGGAGUACAACAACAUUGCUUAGCGCACAUAUGGGCGCUUUGUGACACAAAUCAAUCAGGCAAGCUAACACUGGAGCAGUUUGCCUUGGCCAUGUGGAUGGUGGAACGUAAACAAAAGGGCAUUGAGCCACCACAAGUACUGACAGCCAAUAUGGUACCACCGUCUAUGCGUAGCACAGUCUCCGGCGUGGAUUUGCAACCACAAGAACCAAAGCCGACAUAUUCUAAUCCAGAGCUAGAAAUGAUUUCUAAGGAAAUCGAAGAGCUUGCUAAAGAGCGGCGCGCUUUGGAAACAGAAAUCGCACAGAAAGAAGCAGAUAUACGCAUUAAAUCCGGAGAAGUCCGUAGCUUACAGAGUGAAUUAGAUACAUUGUCUGCUACACUAAAACAGUUGGAGAAUCAACGUGGUGAAGCACAAAAACGCUUAGAUGAUUUACAAGCGCAGGUGAACAAAAUACGCGAGCAAUGUCAGAAACAGGAAGAAACUAUUAAUGAGCAGGAGGGUGAAUUAAAUGCAAAACGAUCUGAAUUGCAGAAACUAAAGGAUGAAGAAGCAGCACUGCAAAAGGAAUAUGACCAAAAUAAUCGCGAAUUACAAAAGCUAACACAACAUUUACAAAAUACCCAAUUGCAAAUAAGUUCGGUACGUUCUAUGGUAACACAGUUAAUGGAAACUCAGCGUCAAAUGACUGAUGCAUUGCUGAUGUGUCGUGCGGCCAUCUCAAACCAAGACGCUGAGUUAGUUUCAGAGUAUCAAUUAAAAAUAGAACCAGACUUCAGUGAAGCGCGCCAAACACUUGAAAAGAAAAUUGAAGAACCAAAAGCGGAUGAUCCGUUUGAUGAAAAUACCACCACAUCACAGGCAACGAAAACUUUAACUACGAACGGAUUCACCAGCAAUGGCUUUAGCAAUGAUCCGUUUGCGGCUAAUAGCAUUAACACAUCUACUGGUCGCAGUGGAUUUGAUGACAGCUUCACGACUGCCAGUGGUUUUGGUGACAGCGGAUUUGAUGCAUUCGGCAAUAGUAGCGCAUUUAAUCAGCCACAAAAGGAUCCGUUUGGCGCCGAUGCAUUCAGUGCAAAUAAAGCUAGCAAUGCUGUAACGCCAGAGCCGGGAAAAGAUGACUUUGGAAGUGAUCCAUUUGCUGCAUUACAUGCACCCACUGGCCAGGGACAAGUGUUGAGCCCAAAUACUCAAAAAUCAGGACCACCUCCAAGACCCGAAUCGCCAAGCCCUGCAUUACCACCAAAGAAAUCGAAGGUGCCACCACCGCGUCCAGCACCGCCUCGUCCAAUGCAGGGACCCGCACGACCAACUCAGCCAUCUACGGAUGCUUUUGGAUCCAAUACAUCUGGUGGAGGUGGUGGUUUUGCUGAUUUUGCAGAUUUCGACAAUAAGGUCUCGAGCAUUCCACCGCCUACAGUAUUUCCCCCACAAAUACCAUCCGCAUUCGUGUCACUUAACAGUACAAACAACAGCAGCAGCAGUAGUUCAUUUGACAUCAGCACCCCAACUCCAAGCGCAAACGUUAAGAGUACCACAUCAGUCACAUCCACAUUGGCAUCGACAUCCGCAUCAAUUUCAAGCUCAUCACCAUCAACUUCAGUGUCUACAUUAACGACAAUUGCAAACAUUUCCAAUAAUUCAUCUACUACGUCCUCGUCUGUAAAUGAUCAUUUAACGCGUUCCAUCACACCGCUGCAACAGGCGUCCGCAGUAACGUCGUUAUUCGGCAACAAAUCGGCGACCGUGGGGGCAGGCAGCAAAUCGGCGACCGUGGGGGCAGGCGUAAGUGCGCGCGGAAGCCGCGCAUCUAUUAUUAGCGGACCAACAGAUUUCUCUGAUGACCCGUUCAAAGACUAUCGUUAUGAGGAUCCAUUUAGUAUUAAAGACCCAUUUGCAGAUGAUGAGGAUAUUGAUACUGAUCCAGAGAAGGUUUUCAAGGACGAUUUGUCAGACGAUGAUAAAACAAAAACGACCAGUACAGUGCUUGUAGCUGGCACUAUCAAUUCGCAAGUAAUGGGUGCUAGUAAUAAAUCCACAACUCCGCUUAGUGCUGAAUUUCUCGAUCGAUUCGACGCAUUCAAUUUGAAUUCCAGUCCUGCACCAUCGCAACAGUCGUCAACUUCUGGAGGUUUAACAGGAUUAGGUGUUAGUGUUGGAGCUCAAAGUAGUAUUAGUAGCUCUAGUAAGAAUUCAAAAAGUGCAACACCACCACUUGAAACAGCCGCCGGUUUUGCUAGAGCUGAAUCCAGCAGUUUGUUUUAUGACUUUGCUAAUUUUGAUGCCUUUGGUGCCCAGAAACCACAAACUACAGGAACGAUGUCAGCAUUGGGAGAGCUGGAGGCAGCGUUUAAAAGUGACACAACUCUGGAGUCAAAACCCAGUGCAAACGAUUCUUUCUUCGAUGCAUUUAAUGAUAACUUUGAUAAAAAUUCUAAUCCCGUCGCAAAAACUAAAAGCAACACAAGCAAGGCAAAUGCAAAUAUUUUCGAUGCUUUCGGUGAUAGUAAGACGAAUUUUUACCCCUUUGAUGCCUUUGGCACUUCAAAAGGCGGUGACGCUUCCACUUUACCAUCCAAAGGAAAUUCAGCGGUUACAAAAUCUUCAAAAGUGUUUGACGAUUUUAAUGAUAACACAUUUGAAGACGAUUUCUUUAAGACAAAAGACAACAAUGCGAAUGCAUCUAAUUUUGACACAGACGUGACAACUAAAGACGAUAGUUUUGCGAAAUUUGAUGCAUUUGGCGAUAGUCAUAAUUUUACUAACGAUUUUGCUACUGCUCGCAAUAACUCGAUCAAUUUAAUAAACAACGAAGAUUCCAAACCCUUAUCUGCAACAUCGAAAGACUUAUCAGGAGCAACAUCUUUACUGAAAGUGCAAAAUGUCACAACCUUAUCUAAAGUGACAAAUCCGGAUGUAGCUGCUGCAGUGAGUGGAGCUGUUGGCGAAAAUGGGGGUAAAGUCGCAGAAAAAUUCAUUUCUGACUACUCCAAAGCCGAUACAUUUGAGAUGGAUUUGCAGGAGGCACUCAAACGCAGUAUGUUAGAUAAAUAAGAAGAAUUCUUACUGACAUUGAUAAUGCGCUUAAUAUUAAUAUGUUUGUAAAUCUUUAUGUAUUCCGUUAUAAAUAUGAUACAUAUGUAUGUAGUACUAGUAACAUGAUAGUUCACCAUAGGAAUGGAAAUUAGAAAUAAUUAGACAUAUGGGCGUGGCCCGUUCAACGAUUCACAUGGAGGUGAAUUUUAUCUUAUUCUAAUGAAGCUUAUUGCUGAGAUUUUGUACUCAUAAUUUUAUUUACAACAUAAAUAAUUAUUUUUCUCAUUAUAACCUAAAUAACAUGUUUUGUUUUGCUUAGAAAUGGAAUGGCGUUUAUUUGCCCUAAAAAAGCUAUUUUUUUAAUUUGCAGCAUUAUCGAAAUUGAAGCCCGCAUCGAGUUUAGUAUUUUGUAUGUAUACAUACAUACAUGUCUCCAUAUGUAUGUACAUACAUUUGUAUAGUUGCGAAAAAUGUAAGAAAGAAACCACGAAUUGUAGCUAAAAAUAAUUUUCACUCUACGGAUUUAAUAUUGCAAAUUUCGGGUUAUUCAUAAACCUUGAAACAAAUUGUCGAAAAAUCUCUAAUUUACAGAAUUGAAAGCAAACGUAUUAUUUACUUUACAUACUAUUAUUAUUUUUUAGUUAUACGCCCAUUUAUCGUUUAUAAUAUUUAUAAUAAAAAACGCAAAACGUGUACUCCCGUAUACUAUGUAUAUUUAUUGAAAUCGCACAAAGAAAAGGGU